AUGACAACAGUGACACCCAACAUAACCGGGAAGAAGGUCAACGUCCUUGUCUAUUCCGGCAAUGGAACUACCGUCGAAUCCGUCCGACACUGUCUCUACUCCCUCCGCCGCCUUCUUGCCCCCCACUAUGCCGUGAUCCCCGUCACGGGCGACAUGCUCAUCAGAGAGCCAUGGACGCUCACUUGCGCAUUACUUGUGAUCCCCGGCGGAGCAGAUCUAGGAUACUGCCGAACACUCAAUGGCGUUGGUAAUAGAAGAAUUGAACAGUUCGUCCAGAGAGGAGGCGCUUACUUGGGCUUCUGCGCGGGGGGCUACUACGGCUGCCAUCGGUGUGAGUUCGAGGUUGGCGACAAGACCAUGCAGGUUAUUGGGGAGCGGGAGCUUUCUUUCUUUCCCGGGACAUGCCGAGGAGGGGCGUUCGAGGGGUUCGUCUACCACAGUGAGGGUGGAGCGCGAGCGGCCGAGCUCAAGGUAUCCAAGGAUGCAUUGAGUGUUGGAACUGUGCCGGAUGUCUUUCGGGCUUAUUACAAUGGAGGUGGCGUGUUUGUCGAUGCAUCGAAAUAUGCCGAUAAAAAAGUGGAGGUUCUUGCCAGCUACACAGAAGAACUCAACGUUGACCCUGGCGAAGGCGCUGCUGCUGUUAUCUACCGCAAGAUUGGGGAGGGAGCCGCUAUUCUGACCAGCCCACACCCAGAGUUCGCAGCUGCCAAUCUCGAUAGGAACGCCAAUGGUCCGGAAUAUGCCAAACUGGUGGACGCUCUGGCUGCCGACGACAAGUCUAGGACCGACUUUCUGAAGGCUUGCUUGUCCAAGCUGGGCCUACAAGUCAGCCAGGAUACUACGACUGUCCCUUCUUUAUCCUCCUUGCACCUGUCUGCGGCCGAUCCGGCUGACACGGAGACGUUCUUGUCAUCGCUUGAUGAUGUGAUUACCAAGGAUGGAAAAGAAAAGUACCUGAAGGAUGAAAACGAUACCUUUCGUAUCGAGAAAUAUGGAGUGUGGAGUAUGGAAAAACUGGAGGAAUCCCUUCCUGAUGAUUCGAAGGAAAGCCCAAAGGACGCUGCUGAACCAGGGAUUGUGGAUUACAACGCGAUUCUCAAACGCCUUGUCGUUCACGACGAGCUGCCAUCUUCGAAAAUCACGCCUUAUUUCAACCACCAUUCCUUUUACUCUAACCUGAAGCAAUACCAAUCCCAAUCAAGGGAGGGGGCUUCAGAAUUCGGUUCGCAUAUCAUGUACGGCGAGGUCAUCACCAGCACGAAUACUAUUCUAGAAAAGAAUGCCCAGUUGCUUCGGCGGUUGCCGAAUGGCUUCACAGCAACGGCGACAACCCAGAUUGCUGGAAGAGGACGAGGCUCCAACGUCUGGGUGUCCCCAGCAGGAUCUCUUAUUUUCUCAACGGUGGUGCGCCAUCCGGUCGAAAAGUUACAAUCCGCACCUGUCAUUUUCAUCCAGUACUUGGCAGCAAUGGCCAUUGUGAAAGGGAUCAAGAGUUAUGAUAAGGGCUACGAGAAUUUACCGGUUAAGCUCAAGUGGCCCAACGACGUCUAUGCAUUGGACCCGGAAAACCCGGAGAAGCAAAAGUAUACCAAAAUUUGCGGGAUCCUGAUCAACUCGCAUUUCUCUGGAAAUGAAUACAUCUCCGUGGUGGGAAUUGGCAUCAAUGCCACCAAUACAUCGCCCACAACAUCUCUGAACGCGCUGGUCUCUCGCUUCCUUCCGAACAGACCAGCACCCGUCACUCUUGAGAAGCUGCUUGCGCGAAUCCUCACUACGUUUGAGGAAAUGUACAUCCGGUUCCUCCGGACAGGAUUCGACAAAGGCUUCGAGGAUAUCUACUACAGCGACUGGCUGCACAUGCACCAGGUGGUGACGUUGGAGGAAGAAGGGGGAGCCAGAGCGCGGAUCAAGGGAAUCACACGGGACUAUGGACUAUUGCUGGCGGAAGAGUUGGGGUGGAACGAUCGUCCCACGGGGAGAGUGUGGCAGCUGCAGAGUGACAGUAACAGCUUUGACUUUUUCCGGGGGUUGGUAAAGCGGAAGAUUUGA